UUCAUCCACUUUCCACAAAGCAACAUUUGUGCAUGUCAUAAUCUUAUUUAUCUUUGAUUUACAGGAGGAAUUUAUUGUUUCUAGUUUCAUUGCCAUGGCAAAAUGGUCACUCUUAUUUCUAUACUUUUUCCAUGGACAACUUCCACUCAUGUUUGGGCAGCAGCAGCGCCCAGCUGGACCCUGGUGGCAGCGGAUUCAGUGGGAGAACAACGGGCAGGUUUAUAGUUUAAUGAGCACCGGGUCAGAGUACCGAGCUCCAGUUAGGUCCAGAAGCCAGUCGAGGGUUUAUGUGAGCGGCAGGAGGGAUGGCAGCUGGAGCCACAUGCCGGGAGCGCACAGAGGAGCCACGCUUGUAAGACCCGGACAGGCUGAGUCCAGACAGUUCAGAACUGAUCACGGUGUGGAACCAGGAUCUAUCACGCCAGGACGCGAUGUUAGACAAUAUGUGCCUUUUAAUGCUCGUGCGUCAGUGGCCAGACAGCCUCCUGAGCGCCCUCGCGGAGCAGGAGCUGCAGGUUCUCCGGGCGCACGGCGCUCUAUCCCUGAACCCACUAACACCAUCAAUGCCUCUGCAUCGGGGAGAUUAACAGAACUUCCCGGCAGGAGAGGACGCGUCGAUGCUACUGCACUGUACACCAGAGGAGGAGAACCGGGGCCCGGUGCGCAAAACCAACAGUUACGCGCAGUGCCAGAGGUGAUGUCUGUCUCCAGGCAACCCGUGCAGACGGAUCAAUCCAUCUCAGCAUAUCCCACAACUCUGGAAAGGGAACCUGAGGCUCCUGCUCCAUCCCCUGCAUUUGGUGAGGAUGUUUCAAACGAGCCAAACGGUAACGUAGAGGACAUGGUUAACGACGACCCUCGAAACCCGUUAAAAAACCACAGGAAUUCUGUUUUCUACAACUCGUAUCCCGCAAGAGGGAGGUCAGCGGCCCGCACGCGCCGUCCACCUGGCACAGGGUAUGGAACAAGAUAUUUUCAAAACGGACUACCGGACCUCGUGCCAGACCCAUAUGCCAUCCAAGCAGGUGCUUAUAUCCAGCGCAUGCAGAUGUUUGCGCUCCGCUGUGCAGCUGAGGAGAACUGUCUAGCCAGGUCGGCUUAUGGACCGUCCGUGAGAGACAUCGACUUCAGAGUCCUGCUGCGGUUCCCCCAAAAAGUGAAGAACCAAGGCACCACUGACUUCCUUCCUGUCAAGCCGAGAUAUCAGUGGGACUGGCACAGCUGUCACCAACACUACCACAGCAUGGACGCCUUCAGUCACUACGACCUGCUGGACGUCGUCACUGGACGUAAAGUGGCCGAGGGACACAAGGCCAGUUUUUGCCUGGAGGACACGGGCUGUGAAGCUGGAUUCAGGCGGCGUUACGCCUGUACGUCUCAUACACAGGGUCUGAGCCCGGGAUGUCAUGACGUCUACGCUGCCAACAUCGACUGUCAGUGGAUCGACAUCACUGACGUGCCUCCAGGGAACUAUAUCUUAAAGGUGACUGUCAAUCCCAAUUUCCACGUCCAGGAGUCAGACUUCACCAACAACAUCGUGAGAUGUGAUAUCUCGUACACAGGAAGUUAUGUCCAGACACGCAACUGUCGACUAUCAAGGGGUUGAAAUCGUCCUAUCAUCUCUCUCUGUACUGUGCAGCAGCAUCGACCAAAAAGUGCAAUUGGUGCUCGUGUUUAAUUGUAACCGCUAUAGUCUAGUGUUGCAUUUACUGGAAAUAAAUACAAACGUUUACACAUAUUUUGUACAUUAAACUGGUGACAUCCUCAGAUUUAAUUGAUUAUGUAUGUCUACAAAUGUGCCUUAAGUCAUAACAAAAAGAUAUCUUUAUUUGUUGCCUUAACAAAUACAAGUA